GAAAGGAAGAAACAUCAAUAAAGGACCAAUAUAUAUAGACGAGAGAAACACACAGAAUUAGCCAGAGAAGAAAAAUGGAAAAGAACUUGGCAAUCGUUGCAGUUGUUCUCACCGUGUCUUGCUUGUUAUCUUUGGCCUAUUGCGACGACGGCGACAGUGACGGCAUCAAUGUUGAGGGACAAGUGUACUGCGACCCAUGCCGUGUUCAGUUCCCAACCAGAGUCAGUAAACCGAUAGAAGGCGCCAAAGUAAAAUUGGAGUGCAGGAGUCGUGAAAAUGAAACUGUCGUGUACACGCUUGAAGGAGAGACCAAUGAUAAAGGCACCUAUAGCCUUCCUGUGCAUAAAGACUUUCAGGAGCAGAUUUGUGAGGUGACAACAGUGGAAAGCCCGAAAGAUGAUUGCAAUGAAAAAUUUGACGAUAUUGAAAGAGCUAGAAUUUUGAUCACAAAAAAGAAUGGCAUCGAAUCCAAGACUCGUUAUGCCAACCCCCUUGGGUUCAUGAAGAAAGAAACUAGUGACGAGUGCAAGGAAGUUCUUAAGGAGUUGUUCCCGGACGAGGACGACAUGCCAGAAGAAUUUAAGAAAAAGAUCGGGGAAUCCAAAUGAUUAUAUCAAAAGUAUCAUAAUGUGAAAUAUUUACAUAUAAUCUGAGGGAAGCUUACAGUCCCUCUCCACCAUAUCAUGUUUCCAGUUUUGAUCAUACAGAAACCUUCUGCUGAAAGUUUCUAUAAUAAUUAGAUGUAGUAUAUGCAAUUAACAACUGCAUCCACGCACAUUGAUCUCUCUGGGGUUACUGGUUUGAUAACUUUGUUUGGCUCCAAUUUUAAUUACCGAAGUUCGAUUUUCAUUAGCUCCAGUAGGGUUAGCCCUCCUCGCGCUAGUGUAGUUUAGUCACUAGGACGAUUAUGGGCUGAACUAUGUAAAUUCAGACAUCAACUAGUUGAAUUCCCUCUGGUUUUGCGAACC